AUGGUUGCAUUUUGGAAAGCGACUAUAACUGUCCUUGUGCUUUAUAGUGUCGGUAAAGGAGUUCGUCGUCGUCGACAAACUUUGGAUCUAGGGUUGGAUUCUAUUAGUCAAAAUCAAUUAUCACCAAAUUUUCAAACUCAUAAUGCUCAAGAACAAUCUUCUCUACAAAGAAAUGGUCAAAAUGAAAUUAUAUUAGGGAAAAAAGACAGUCGACAGUAUAAUCUAUAUCGGAGUUAUUAUGGUUAUGGAACUCUACAAGGUAUAAAUUAUCCCUAUGGUAGCUCAGGUGUUGGUCCUUAUCGAUAUGGAUAUGGAGAAUAUGGACAGUAUGGGCAAGGAUCAGAUCGAUAUGCUUCCUAUUACAUUCAAAAUACGGGUUCAUCCGAUCACGAUCCAGGUUAUAAUAGUGUAGGUUAUAAUAAUCGUCCUGAUUCUUAUCCUUCAAAUUAUUAUGGUGGACCAACUUCACUGACGAAAUACUCUUGUAAUUCAAACGCUCAGUGUGGUUGCUCAACCCAAACAGCAAUAUUGACAAAAAUUGUUGGAGGAGAAGCAGCUGGUUCGAACACUUGGGGCUGGACUGUGUCAUUGAUUAUCGGCAAUUCGCUUUGUGGUGGAUCGAUCAUUGCACCUUCUUGGAUUCUUACAGCUGCGCAUUGUGUUACAGGAGCUAGUGCCCAGCAAAUCACUGUUUAUGCUGGUUCCAAUAUGAAAUUAACAGGUAGUCAGAUUUUAUCAGUGUCAGCAAUUAUAAGCCAUCCAGGCUACUCGUCAUCUGUCUAUGUCAACGAUAUAGCUCUUCUUCAACUGUCGACUCCAUUGGACAUGACCGAUCCAAGUGUCAGUGCCAUUUGUCUUCCGUCAAUCAGUUCCACAACAUUAUCAACAGGCGAAUGGCCAUCACCUGGUACCACAGUAGUGGCUGUCGGUUGGGGUGUAUUGAGUGAAAAUGGAUUUUCAUCAUCGACACUUCAACAAGUAACGCUGCAAACGGUUGAUCACAAUUUGUCAAUGUGUUCUGGUGUCACCAACAAUUGGACAGUGCAAUUAUGUGCUAGUUCUCCGGGAAAAGACACGUGUCAGGGUGAUUCUGGUGGGCCACUGAUGGCUUUCACUUCCAGCCAACAGUGGGUGUUAGUCGGUGCAACGAGUAGUGGCCAUGGUUGUGCUCGACCGAAUUAUGCCGGCAGUUAUACUCGCAUAGCUGCUUUUCAAAGUUGGAUUAGUUCGAAUACCGGUGGUCAGUUUACCAAUCCAACCUCAUCAAGUUUAGCUUAG